AGCUACCAAUCGUUCGCUGUUCACUUCGUCUGCAAGGGUCGCGUUGUCACAAAAAAACGUGCGAUCAGUCCGCGGACGGUGAUAGACCCUAUCGCGGCGUUUGAUUGUUGGGCAGUCUGUGAACCGGGAAGCGUGAAUUAGGAAGGGCAAAGAGCUUCUUCAGAGUGCAGAAAAUAGUUGUUGAAGACAAAAACUAAAAUCUGUUCCCUUAUUUGAAACUCGCUGGAACCUGGUUGGCGCCUCGUAUCGAAAGAAAGCUCGUAGAUUAAACUCACGUCCCAACAAAGAAGGCUAGAAGUUAAGAAACAGGUGUCUCUGCGUGUCCGCCCGCACUCCGAUUGCGUCUUCAACCAUGACGUCUGUCUUCACUGUGCUCCUACUGGCCACCGUUUCACUGUGCCCCGCCCUCAACGAGGUGCGCGGUGACGAGCAACGCGGUGUCCACGCCUCCUCCUCCUCGUCGUCGGCCAAGGAGACGCGGACGCUGGACAGGUUGAACGGCGGCGAGUACGUCCGUGGUCUCGACGGCCGCCGACGCCUGGACAAGAUCAGCGGCGGCGAGCUGCUGCGUUCGGCCGAUGACGGCGCGCUGCUCCGCUCGUUGGCGCUGCCGUACGCUCUGCGAGGACCAUCUCCACCCGCCCCGGAUGCCAGGCGUGGACUGGACAAGAUUGGUGGCGGCGAGUACAUUCGUUCGGCCGCGGUUUUACCGUUUGGCUCGGCGGCGAAAAGGUUCGACUCCCUAAGCGGGUUGACGUUCGGAGGCGACCAAGGGGGCUUACAAAAGCGGGGCUAUGGACACGGAGACUUCGACGAGAUCGAUCACGCUGGCUGGCCGGGCUUCUACAAACGAAACUUUGACGAGAUUGAUAGGAGUGGCUUCGAUGGCUUCUACAAGCGCAACUUUGACGAGAUCGACAGGAAUGGCUUCGAGGGCUUCUACAAGCGUUCGGGGGCUCGGGAGCAAUGAACUCUCUUGCACCACCCACUUGUCCACGUCACCCUUGGCCAUCGGCUAAGCAAAUCCACCUCAGAGCAGAUAGCGCCUCUCCACCGUGUUACACGUCCUUAUACGAGUCUUAAUAAUAUACAAACGUACGAGACUAAUGUGGCAUUUAUUAUAUGAAGCAAAUUUUUCGUUUUCGUAGCUAGGAUGCCGGAACAAUGAAAAGCGACUUCUCAGGACUAGGUCUUAUGAUGAAGAAACUCUGUGCUCUUUCAUACGAUAGCUUCCCCUGAGUCCAAAAUUGUUUGAGCAAAACAUACUACCGCGUCGACAAUGCCAAUCAGCAAACGGGAUGGGACUUGGCGCAGGAGUUGCUAAGCGCUCUUCAUUGAUUUGCGUUAAAUUGUGUUCUUCUGAACUCCGUUUGUACGCGUUCAUUUUAUCGGUUUAACGAACUCAAUGAAUCAAUCAAGGCAUUGAGUAGCACCUUGGGCGUGGCAAUACCAUUUCUACGCCUAUAUGAGGCGAAUAGCCUGCAAGCUGCAACUCGGUGAAAUAAAGUAUUGAGAGCCGUGCGAACAGACACAUUCUAUUUAUUGCAUUUGCGGAAUCCGUUGUGAAGAGGUGGGAGCAAGUCCGUUUCAGAGCGCAUUCACUGAACUGGAAUAAAAUGCUACCUAAAAACACGGGAGACAAAAUUAUGAAUAAAUGGUUGCAAUAUUUUUGCUCAGAGCACGUUCGUUCACUACGAUGUAAAUAAAGAUGUUCA